AUGCCCGAUCAUCAGACCUGGGCCCUGGAGUCUGGAGAAUCCCCUUUCCACAUGCCGCCGAUAUCGGUGCAUUUUAGGAAACAUUUUAAAAUAUUUUUGACAACUAACUCCGAAUCACACGUGCCCUGGGUUUACGGUGUUUUCGUGGCCAAUGAACAACCGGAGCACACUAUGCCACCGCACGAGCAAAUUCACAUGCUGGAUUCUAACAACACUCGGGGGUUGCCGGUGCACCACGCUCAGCGCAAAAAUAAGGCGUUCGCUUUAAUUUCCAAUAGCGUACCGCGAAAUAAACGGAUGGACUAUAUUGCUGAACUUACAAAUUACGCUCAGGUUGAUAUCUACGGUGAAGCAGGGCGACCUUGCCCGGGCGUAGGUGGUAACUGUCUGGAAACACUUGCCCUUCACUAUAAAUUUUAUCUUGCAUUUGAAAAUUCCAAUUGCGUGGACUAUAUCACGGAGAAGUUUGUAAUGAAUGCACUGCAGUUCGGGAUACUUCCGGUGGUCAUGGGCGCUCCGCGAGAAGAUUACUGUGCAAUAGCGCCGCCCAAUUCCUUCAUCCACGUUGACGAUUUUUCAUCGCCUGCUCAGCUGGCAGAAUACAUGAAUUGGCUUGACCAAAACGACACCGCCUACGCAUCCUACUUCGCUUGGCGGGCCUACGGAAAAAUUGUGGUGAGUUCAUUCGCCACCUUUUAUUGA